UCUUCUCCGCGCUGCGCCGCUCAGCUGUGUCACGUCAGCCGAAGGCAGCCUGUACUGUAAACACGGAGAACAUGGACGACGACGUGUUAACCACUUUAAAAAUACUGAUUAUCGGGGAGAGCGGCGUCGGGAAGUCGAGUUUGCUCCUGAGGUUCACAGAUGAUACAUUUGACCCAGAGUUAGCUGCAACCAUCGGUGUGGACUUUAAAGUGAAAACCAUAGCAGUAGAUGGCAACAGAGCAAAGUUGGCAAUAUGGGACACAGCCGGACAGGAAAGGUUCAGAACUCUGACACCCAGCUACUACAGAGGAGCACAGGGAGUAAUAUUAGUGUAUGAUGUGACGAAGCGGGACUCCUUCACAAAGCUCGAGAACUGGCUCAAUGAGUUGGAGACGUACUGCACACGCAACGACCUCGUGAAAAUGCUGGUUGGAAACAAAAUAGACAAGGACAACCGUGAGGUCGACAGGAAUGAAGGGCUAAAAUUUGCACGCAAGCACUCUAUGUUGUUCAUUGAAGCCAGCGCUAAGACACGAGACGGAGUUCAGUGUGCCUUUGAGGAGCUGGUGGAGAAGAUCCUGCAGACGCCUGGGCUUUGGGAGAGCAGCAUGCAGAGCCACGGCGUGCAGCUCAACGAGCAGCAGCCGCAAGCCCACGGCGCCUGCGGAGGCUACUGCUCCCUGCUCUAACUCUGACGGAUCCCCCGGCAAAGACGGACUGAGACACGAGGUGAAAAGUGGCGAUUUCUAGCUUCUGAACGAGCGCUCCUUCUGAGAGGGGAAGGUCCGCUCCAUCCGGGCUGCUCAGGCAAAGGGAGUUCAGACGUUUGCACACACUCUGUCACUCGGCAUUUGUUCUCACACACUUCAAGUUCUUCUUGUGUAUGACACUCAUCUAAUUUAUCAUGCUAAUGUAUUAUGUGAAUUGCUAUCAUUGUCCUGGCUAAGGUUACAUUCUAAACAUCUUCCACUAAGCCAAUAAGUCACUUAUGCCCCCAGCAAGAGGACCGAGUUGACUUACCUCUCUCUUCGGGAGCGCUAGGGGCCAAUAGAACGGAUAUAGUUGGGAAUAGUUUUGGGGAUGGACAUCUUUUGGUUUGGUGAACUCACUCCAGAGGCAAACAGCCAUAAAAAAUGUCCAAUACGGUCUGUACCUCCUGAAGUUAUUAUGUUCUGCCCUGUGCUUAGGCCCUUUGCUGUGUAAUGUAUUCUCUGCAUCCUUAUUUUUAUCAUUACUUCCUCCAAUGUUAAUUGCUUUUAUCUUGGCAACUGUCCUGUUUGCUGUUUUUAUAAUAUGCGGCCUCGUAAACGUUGCUUAGCAUGGUCCCUCUGUCAAAGCGGAGAGCUAUUCCCACCAAAAAAGCGAGCUAAAUCAUAAGGAAUGCGUUUUUGUUGUCUUUUUUUUAUCAACUCUGACUAUUAUGUACUGGCAAACCAAAAGUGAGCCAGAUAGUUUAUGUCUGUAGAUCAGGUGUGCAAUGAGGUGCAAUAACUCUUAUUAGUCUUUCUUGUUUUUUUGCUGCCUUGCUCUACAUAUGCUUCAUUACCUGUUAUACGUGGACCAUGGUUAUAUAGAAUUUUCAGCAUGUACAAUUACAGUUAUCCACGCUUGGUUUCAUGCAGUCCUGCUUUACAGAAGCUACAAAAUACGUUACCGUAAAAAUGCUGGGCUGCAUCUGAAUGGCUUGUUUUUAUUGAACCUAUUUGUGUUCGUACAACUAUCUUUAAUUAACACUUAACCAUGCCUUAACACUGACUAGAUCACACAACUGUUCUACAUGUUAAACAUGACCGUCACUGUUGGUAGCAUUCACUUGAAAUCUGUCGGAUGGGGGAGUUAAUAUAGGUGACAGUGAUGGUUUUAUCAGUAGUUUAUGUGCUGAUCAGUUUAAUCAACAUUGUUCUUGGUCACUGUGUCUGACUGUAUGAAUCCGUCUGGUAUUAUUGCAAUGGAAGUGUUAGUUCUUCCUCAGACAGAUAUUCUCAGCUGUGGACCUAAUUCAGAAGUCAAUGAAGUGAACGAUUUCAGCUGUAAACUACAGUUGUAUUUAAAGGAGCUAUAAGUAAAAAUAAGCAUGUUAUUGACCUUUU